AUGCUGCAAGCUCCACGCGUCUCCGACCACGAAUUUAGGAAACUCUUCCCAAAACACAAGCCUGCAAUCUGCGCUGACUGCGUGUGCGAACGCUUGUUGCCAAUCAUCUCGCCCUCCAAUUGUUCCAUUGCGUUGCUGCGCUAUCCAAGGGAGCUGUGGGCCGUCCGUCCUAGAACUCAACGUCCGCCAUAUUUGGACGAACUGUACGAUCAAACCGAGAAGGAUAAAACAAGUCACAAUGACGAGAGAAGCGCGCGUGCACGACAUUACCUGGUCCACGGCAACGUCUUUUGCACCUUCGUCUCUGCGAAGUUCAGCGGUAGUUUUGGAUAA